AAUUAACGCUCCGGUGUGUUCACUGUUCAGUUCCGCGGAUUUCGUCGCCGCGUCUGGAGGGAACUUUCCGCGCCGCACCUACUGCGGAUCUGCCGCGCCGGUCUGUGAAAGCCUCAAACGUUGCCAAACGGCUCCCGCGACAUUCGCAUACUGCGCAGGUCUGAAUAUGCUCAUACGCCAAUAUGUGACGCGAAACUUCCGUUGCACUCUGCUUAGGCUGUGGGUGUUCCGUACCGGUCUGUGAGAGCCUAAAUCACAGCGCAUUUCAAUACGCGGUCGGAGGAACUGAGUGCUGACGGAGGUCUGUGGAAAAACUGAUCGCAUUAUGUCGAAGGCUGAGAGACUGAUAGAGCUUGUGAAAAGAUUUCCAAUUUUAUAUGAUCUUCAUCAUGAAGACUACAAAAACUCACAUAAGAAGAAUAGGAUAUGGGAUGAAAUUGGGAAGGAAAUCAACGAAACUGGUGAAGAGGCUAAAAAGAAGUGGAAAAAUCUCAGAGACACGUUUGCCAAAUUUAGUAGAUCUCCUCAAACGAGAACGACACAAACUGGAAGGAGAGGCAAGAAAUGGAUGUGGGCCGAUCAGAUGGAGGCCUUUCGCCCUUUUUUGCCAUUUACAAACCCUGCUACCAAUGUUUCAGACAUCGAAUCAGAGAAUAAUAAUGUAAUCUCACAAUCAGAUGAAACUACCCCUCAAUCUACAGAGGUUGACUGUGAAGUAGGGAGUUCAGAAUAUGUCGUCGAAGCUGAUAAUAUGGAAAUGACUGUUAACACUCAUUUCCCGGAUUCAUUACCAGUGUCAGAUAUUCCUACAAUCGCCCCAAUGGAUGCUUCAAGAAAACAAAAACCCGAUAGAAAACGCCGUUCAGAAUCAUCAUCUUCUAUAUCAGAAAUGUUACAAUAUUUUGAAACUAAAAAGAAGACAGAAUAUGAUGCAACUGAGUGUCUUUUUUUGGCCCAUGCGAAAACAGUUAAAACAUUUUCCAGACGCAGACAAGCCAUCACAAAAAUGAAAAUUGCACAACUUAUCAUGGAACAAGAACUUUUGCAUUUGGAGGAACUUGGGUGAACAAUGUCUACUCCUACACGUUAAAAUACACCCAGUUGUAAACUAUUGUGAUCCAGCACUGAAUCGACAAUGUUGAUUUUCAGCUCGCACAUGCAUCUAACGCGACUGAAGUUAAAUAUUAAAUAUUUUGUUUUUUUAAAAAUAUUUUUGUACAUUUUAUUAAUAAAUAAUGUUUAAGAAAUUA